AUGCCAUUUGCUCUAAAUUUGGAAGCCACGGAGAAGCAUGUGGAGCGGGUGAGCGGCCGCGUCAGCGUGAGCGGUGCUGUGCGCUCCAGGGACCUCGGCGACGACGUGGCGGCGGCGGUGACGGCGGUCAGCGCGGGCGCAAGCGGCGGCGUUUCACAGGCGGGCGGCGAGCCGUUGCACGCGCUGCGCAGCGGGCCGGCCGUGGCGGCGCGACCGGCUGCGGCGCAACCGCCGUGUUGGAGAUGUGAUAAGUUAGGUGAAUGUAAAAAACAGUUUCGCUUGCAAUUGACUGAUAACAAACCGGUUUACUUACGCGCGCGGCCCGUACCGCUCGCAUUGCGCACCGCGGUGGAGAGGGAAAUAAAUCGUCUAGAAAAAGAGGGAUCGAUUUAUCAAGUUGAACAUUCUGAUUAUGGUACACCUAUAGUACCUAUCAUUAAACCAUCCGGGGACAUCCGCAUAUGCGGCGAUUACAAAUCUACAAUAAAUCCGAAAUUAAAAAUUGAUCAAUAUCCGCUUCCGCGAAUAGAGGAACUGUUUGCGGCCCUAAGCGGUGGGCAGGAGUUUUCAAAAAUAGAUCUGACAACCGCGUAUAUGCAAGUACCUCUCCACCCCGAUUCGCAGGCGUGCACGGCCAUCACCACACACGUUGGCUUUAUUAUUGAUAGGCACGGUUUACAUCCGGACAUGGCCAAGGUUGAUGCGAUCGUGAAGGCUCCGGAACCGAUGAACGUGACUCAAUUAAAGGCAUUUUUAGGAUUAGUUAAUUAUUAUGGCAAAUUCGUUCCUAAUUUAACUAGCGACAAGGUGUUGUGUCACUACGAGGCGGAACUUCCGGUCGUGCUGUCGGUGGACAGCAGCGCGUACGGCGUGGGGGCGGUGCUCGCGCACACCUUCCCCGACGGUUCCGAGCGCCCUAUAAGCUGCGCCUCCCGGACGCUUUCCGACGCCGAAAAGAAUUACAGUCAAUUAGACAAAGAGGCGCUCGCUAUUAUGUACGGAGUGCAAAAACAUCAUCAAUAUUUAUUCGGCAGGAAAUUCACGUUAAAAACUGAUCACAAACCAUUGGUAUAUAUUUUUGGACCUAAAGGCUGUAUUCCACAGACUGCGGCGAGUCGGCUACAACGUUGGGCCGCCAAACUAGCCGCGUACGAUUUUAAUAUUGAUUUUGUAAAAUCAAAGUGCAACGGCAACGCGGACGCGUUGUCGCGCUUGCCGCUAGAGGGAGACGGCAGCGGCGGCGCAUUGAGUGCGCCGGAUAAACAUUAUUUAAUGUACGUUGAUGAAACUUUACCAGUUAAAGAAAUAGCAUUAGCAACAACUAAAGAUAAAUUGUUAAGUAGAAUUUUUGGAUAUAUUAUGUUUGGCUGGCCGGGAAAGUGUUCAGAUGAUGAAAAGGCUUUUUAUGUCAGACGUGCAGAUUUGAAUAUUGAUCACGGCUGUAUUUUGUAUAAAUAUCGUCUGGUGAUACCGCAAACAUUACAAAAACGCGUGCUGUUAGAAAUUCACGAUGGUCAUUUAGGCAUUGUAAAAAUGAAGUCCAUCGCUAGGAAUUAUGUUUAUUGGCCGGCACUCGAUAAAGAUAUCGAGUUGAUAGGAAACAAGUGCGAGGCGUGUCGCAGCGUACGCGACGCCCCCCCGCGCGCCGUCCUCCAUCCCUGGGAGUUUCCCGCCGCGCCUUGGCAGCGACUGCACGCUGACUUUGCGCAGCUGCACGGCAAGUAUUAUAUUAUCCUAGUGGAUGCCCAUAGUAAGUGGCUCGAGGCGGAGGAAAUACGUAGCACAUCGGCGUAUCACACCAUAAAAUUUCUUAGAAGUUUAUUUGCGAGGUUCGGCGUACCGGAAAAGCUCGUUACGGAUAACGGGCCUCCGUUUCAAAGCGCGGAAUUUAGGGAAUUUUGUGAUAGAAAUAUGAUACGUCACAUAACUUCUUCGCCCUAUAGACCGCAAGGUAACGGUGCAGCCGAGAACUGUGUUAAAAUAGUAAAAAAAACUAUUAAGAAAGCCGUUAUAGAAGGUAGGGACAUCCAUACUAGUUUAUAUCGGUUUCUAAUGCAGUAUAGAAAUUGUGAACAUGCAACAACAGGGGUUGCGCCCGCGGUGGCGCUCCUCGGACAUCGGUUGCGUAACAGGCUAGACGUGAUGCGCCCGAGCACCGCAAAAAUAGUCGAGGAAGCGCAGGACAAACAAGUACUCAACUCCUCGGGACUCGCUAGAAACUUUAAGGUAGGGGAUAAAAUAUUAUCUAGAAAUUAUUCAACUAAUAAGCAUAAGUGGGUCGAAGGGAAAAUUUUACAACAAACCGGUCCGGUGUCGUAUAAAAUUAUGAAUAAUGAUGGGGAUGUAUACCGUAGGCACACGGACCAAAUUUUACCUCGGAGUAACAAUAGGUUCUCAUGGGACAUAGAAAACGAAUCGGAUAAUUAUAGUAACAUGGAUGAGUACGUCAACACGAGACCGCGGAAUAGAAAUAACAAUUAUGAAGGUGAUACUUUCGAUAUUGAUUACGAUGCGUACACGACGGCUCAGCCGCAGCCCGACAGUGACACAGGCACUGCGUCGGCGCCGACCACUGAGGCUGUAGGGCCAGCGGAGGCUGAAGAUAGCACCUGGGCGGUUCCCGGAAGUUCCAACCAGGUGAGCACGUUAUCCGGAGAAUUAAAUGAGAGGGCAAAAAGAGCGCUUCGUCGCGAAUGGCGAAGGAAAGGGAUGGAGUAA